UACAAGUACUCCGUGUACUUCGCCAGGCCUAAACGCCAAACCCGAGUUGGUGCGAGGGCAAAGCUCGAGCGACACAGAGGUGUUUAUGGAGGAAUCAUCCGGCGGCGGCGGCGGCGGCGGGGACUCCGAUCAAUUGCAGGGCCCGAGGGCAUCGUCUUAUAAGGGAAAGUCUUGCAAAGGUUGCCUCUACUUCUCCUCAGUUCUCAAAGCAAACGCGCGCAACCCUGUCUGUUUCGGCAUCAGUCGGACUCUUCCCCAAGUACCAAGCCACAUUGUUGGGGAAUCUGAGAUGGAAGCAGCUAAUGAUGGGCGUAGCCUGUCAGACUUCAAGUAUGCUUGUCUUGGCUAUUCUGUAUUUAUGGAUGACAAGGACACUAAAAAUGAGAAGAGGGAGGAGCAAGCAGAGCUGCCAUUUUGUGCUGGCCUUGAACUAUUGGUAGAUAGGCGAACAUCAAAUGCUGGCCAUGCUCCUGCCCAUGUUCAUAACAAGGAAGAUGCUACUGCUCGCUCCCAUCCCCGUCCAUACAAACCACCACAGGCUUUGGGUGAAGAAUUCAUGUCCAGGUUCUCAAGAAAUGCUGGCCUGGUUGCUUCUGGUGUGGCGAGGAAUCUGAAUCGGGUGGGCAACUAUAUCAAAGAAACCUUUGACGAUAUAUUAUAUCCCUACCGCAGGCGGCCCAAGUAGAACCUUUUGAUCUAGAGCAGCACAGGUGGGCAAGGAUUUUACUGGCAAUGUUUUUCCCUUCUGAUUUCUGUACUAUUUCUUCUGAUUUCCAGCUUCUAAACCCAAAGAAUAAUUCCAUACAGAUCAAAUGCUUCAAUUCAUAAUUUUCCAUCUUCAUUUGUCCUUUUGCCUUGAUUGCAGUGUAAAAUUAGUGAGCUCUGUGCAAUGCAGGGUGAAGCUAAUGUGUUGUCAAUUCUUCACUGUUAAUAGUCAUUAUCGAUCAGCUCUUGGAAGUUUAA